GAUGCCUCAUACCGUAGUGCUCAUACGUCACGCUCAAGCUCUACACAAUGACUGGAACAUCCAUGACCCUAGCCUGUCUUCUCUGGGCUUAGAACAAUGCCAGGAAUUGAGGGAGGACUUAUUGCAGCGUUUCGGAGAUGAGACGGAUGCUCUCAUCAUCGUCAGCCCAAUGAGACGGACAAUACAGACCGCGCUACUGUCGCUGGACUGGUUGAUCGAAAAGGGUGUGCGCAUCCAGGCCGAUGCCCGAUGGCAAGGUACCAAUGACCGAGUUGAGGAUGAGAAUUCGGCGAAACCAUGCGAUACGGGUAGCAGCGUCGACGGCCUCAAGGCAGAGUUUGCCAAGGUUGACUUUUCCGCCGUAGACCCCGUAUACCCGGACAAGACAUCCCCUCGAGGAUCCAAGUAUGCUUUUACGAAAGAAGCUAUCCUGGAUCGCGCUCGGUCUGGUGUUCAAGAUAUACGAGAGCACAAGGAGAAGCUUAUCUUGGUCGUCUCUCACUCCGGCUUCUUGCGCCUUGGUGUAACAGGACACUGGUUCUUUAACGGGGACUACAGAGUAUUCGAGCUGGAUGAAUGCAACGAACCUGACCAGCCGCCAAAGCUGAAACAGCUUGAAGCAACGCUCAAUGGGGGGCUCGGCAAGUCUUGGCCCGAUCCCGUAGUCAUCGGCUCUGAUUUGCCAAUCCCUGAUGCACCUCCUCAGGGCGAAAGCCACAGUCAAGAUACAACGUCGUUUACGUCGGAUAAUAGGCUUUUGUAAC